UAGUCUGGAUGUCGUCAUAUGCGAGAUGGUUCUGUGGACCGAGUGGAUAUUAUGAAACAAAAUAAAUACAAAAUCGAAUGUUUCGCGUAAGAAAUUAUAAUUAUCUUUUGCACGUCGAUGGACCCAAUCGCCAACUGAACAUCAUUCGCUGUAAAUCGAAUUCGCGGAUUUAUCUUUUUUUAAUAUAAUUGAUCGGUGAUUGUCUCACUCCCUCUAAUUAACAAACGCCUUGUGGCUAUGACUACGGAUUUACUAUCUGAUUUGGAUAGUCGUUUCUUCGCUGAUAACCUUCUGACAAGCGAGGAUUGGGAUGCCUGUCUGUACCAGUGUGAGAGCAUGGAGGAGGGAGAGGACGGAGAGUACACGAGAGGGCCGAAAUAUGAAACAUCGUUUGACAACGAUCUCGUGCUGACCCUUGAUCCUGACAAUCCCACGUCGCCAUGGAGACACCUGGACGACAACCUUCUCACAGGGGACGUUCCCGUAUUGAAAGAUGAAAUGACGAUAACGCAGCCUUUGCCAGUGGACAUGUUGUUCCGGGUGAAGGCGGAGCCUCCCUCCCCUGCCUCCUCGCUGGCCUCCGACUGCUCCCUGACCUCACUCCCAGACUCACAGAUCACAGUGAAAGGAGAGAACCCGCCCACGCCUCCUUAUAUGUUUGGAGAUGUGCUGGCACCACCACUUGGCACAUUUGAAGUCACGGUGGCCUCUGCACAACUGGCCCGACCACAGUCCAAACUGCCGCCUCAGCAACACCAAACAGCAACCCACAAUGGCAUGGACACACAGGCACAGGCCACAGUCCACCCCACUGCGGCCACGAUCAAAGCCAGUACCAUCCUGAGCAGUAAGCCUCUCAUCCAGCCCAGGCCUGUGUGUGUAGCGGCUCUCCCCGUCUCCCAGGCUCCCAGUCCGGCCAAGGCCCUCAUACUGCACAGCCUGCCUAGCAGGGACCAGAGCAGGCCUGUGGUGCUUUCCCAGUCAGUCUGUCUGGGGUCCGCGCCAGCCAUCGUCAAAAUGGAGCCCGUCUCCCCCACCAUGCCUCACUGCCAUAGCCCCACGGCCCCAUUCCCCAGCAAACCCAUAGUCCCGGCGUCCUCUCUGCCAGGGAGCAACUGCAACGGCAUGGAUGUGAGUGUCUGUCAGUCGCAUGUCAGUCAGUCAGUGAGUAGUUCUCUUUCACGCUCUUCUUCAACCGCUGCCUUACCCCGGGCUUCACUGUCAGAUCACACGCCCAGUUCUGCCGUGAUUAACUGUCAUGCGCUCUCCCCUCCGACCGGGUCUCAGAUGAAGGUGAUGAAGAGGCAGCAGCGGAUGAUCAAGAACCGGGAGUCGGCGUGCCAGUCACGCAAGAAGAAGAAGGAGUACCUGCAGAACCUGGAGGGCCAGCUGAGGGAGGCGCAGCAGGAGAACGAGCGCCUCCGCAAGGAGAACCAGGCCCUGAGGGAGAGGCUUGCCGGGAAAGAGGGCAGUGAAUCUGGUAACAACAAGAGGGCUGUCUGCGUCAUGGUAGUGCUACUGUUCAUGACCUUCAGUUUCGGCCCUGUCAGUAUCACAGACAGGAAGCUGGAGACGGGGUUACAGGAAGAGGUGGUCCCUCACACAGGAAGAAAUCUCCUGGAGUUUGAGACGGCUCGGGAACAUAGCAGAGUGGAGGAAAGGCUAGAUCCUGAGGAGGAGGGAGGAGAGGAUGGGUGGAAGGGAGGAGAGGUGGAGAGGGAAUCCACCGAUUCAUACCAGUUUAGGAACCUGAGUGACGUGUUCAGCGACGUGAAGGACCUGGUCCUGCAGGACAUCGACCGCUAUUUCACCUCCAAUGACUGCAGGCAGUUCAACCGCUCCGAGUCCCUCAGGCUGGCGGAUGAGCUGAGAGGAUGGGUCCACAGGCACCAGAUCGACAGGAAGAAGUCUGGAGGGAAGCCAAAGAUUGUGAAAAAAGCUAAAAUAGCGCAGAAAGCGCAGCUUAGGAAGACAAACAUCUCCAGAUAUCUUCCCAUUCAGACCCAUCGUUCCAUUGACAGUCAGAUACAAGUGUUCCCUGCUGGUCCAGAGAUCAGCUACAGUGACUUCAUGGACGCCAUCGACCGGCGUGAGGACACCUUCUACGUGGUCUCCUUCAGACGGGAUCACCUGCUGUUGCCAGCUAUCAGCCACAACAAGACCACACGGCCCAAAAUGUCUCUGGUGAUGCCAGCUAUGUCUGUCAACGAGAGUUUAUAUAAUAAAUCCCAGGGCUAUGAGAUGAUGAUGCAGGUGGAUUGUGAGGUCAUGGACACCCGGAUCAUCCCCAUCAAAGCCUCCGCUGUUCCCCCGUCCCUCCGCGACCCCCCUCCCGCUCCCCCCGCCCACCAUCACCACAGCAACCACACCUCCCUCCGAGGCCGCCACCAUCCCCACACCGGCGGAGCGGCGUCUCCACGGCAACCCUUACCUGCCAGGAGACAAGAGGCCGAGUAUUACAUCAGCCAGGGGGGUGGGGUUUGAGGUUAGUGAAGGUGAACAAAUGAGAGGGGGAUUGGAGGAGAAAGGAGAGGGUAGUGUGAAACGGGAAGGAGGGUAGUGUGAAACGGGAAGGAGGGUAGUGGGAAACGGGAAGGAGGGUAGUGGGAAACGGGAAGGAGGGUAGUGGGAAACGGGAAGGAGGGUAGUGGGAAACGGGAAGGAGGGUAGUGGGAAACGGGAAGGAGGGUAGUGGGAAACGGGAAGGAAGGUAGUGGGAAACGGGAAGGAGAGGGUAAUGGGAGAGUGAAUAAGGGAGAGUAGGAGGGUUGUAGGAGGCAAAUCUGUCGGAAUUAUGGAGGACAUCUGUACUAAUUGAAACAAAUGAUUAACAAUGAAGUUACGGUGCCACAAUGUUGAAACGUUGUCCCAGCAACUCAAAGCAAAUGUGUUUAUUCUACUGAAGACUCAAUAUAUUAAUAGACCAAUGAGUAAUACCCACUUCACAAACCUGAUCUGUUCACUAUAGAAAAAGUAAAAAAAAAGAUUUAAAAGGUUCACCAAUGGCUCCUAACUAAAUAAUUUCUUAAUAUAUACUUUUUGAAAACCUGCCCAAACAUAGACCUAGCAGUUCACUGCACUUAGACACAGCACAGAAUUAAUCACUGAAAUAUAUGCAGCUAAUGGUAGUGGACUGCUCAUGGUUUCAUUUGAGAACCAUUUUGUGUGGAGGUUCCGUUUUGUAUAUUUAGUGUUUAUCGCUCUCCAUUGAAAUUCCAUUCAAAGGGCUCCUGCAGAAAAUUCAGGUCAGAUGCUAGUCAGCUUGGAUUUGUUUUUUUGUUUGUUUCUUUUAUUAUGUCAAAUGUGUUUGGAUUUGAAUGAGGAGUAUUUAACUUGUGCUUAUUGGUUGUAAAUAUCAAUGGUAGCUUUUGAGAUAUUGUUGUUUUUUUCAAAUUUAUAGCUAUAUUUUGCUCUGUCCUCUAAACCUCAUCAUCUUAUGGGCACAAACCUUCCGUUCCUAUACUCCAGAAGUUAACACGUAAAGUACAUGGAUCGGCCUAAAUAUAUUUGCUUUGAAUGCAGACGACCACCUUGAUCAUACAGUGUGUUGUGUGUUUGUAUAUACUUGUCAUUUUUUUAUCACUUGCACAAAGUCUUGCAACAUCGAGCUUGAUCCACUGUAUCUCCAUGUAAUUAUGGAGAAUGGCAACAGAUUUGGUAGUACAGAAAAUAAAUAUAGGCUGUGUUAACAUCUGAAUACAUUCUCAAGGUCAUCAGCAAUAUAGCGAUGUUAAAUUACUGACACCUUAUCCAGAAUCAUCCAGGUACUCUGAAAUUCUAGAAUUGAUUGUGUUUCUUAUACACGGUAUAUGUAAUGUAAUUCUGUAAGCAUCGUUUUCAGUUGUAUUUGGGGGUUUUACCCCCCCAAAUGCAGUAAGCUUGAGUCUUCUGACCAAAAGUGGUUUCUGAGUCUACAAUGAGAUUUGAAGUCAUUUUCAUUAGUUGCAAACUCUGUCUGUGAACUCUCGCUAUGUUUCGUCUGUCAUGCUCUGCCUGAUUAACUGCACACUUCUUCAGCAAGUGUAUAUGUUUGAGAGAAUGCCGUUUUAUGGGAAUACCACCCAUUGUUUUUCAUUUUUAUAUAAAAAGUAUAAUUAUUCUUAUCAAAAGAAAUGAAAGAUAAAAAAAUGUACAUUUUUUUUAUGAAGCUGUACAAGUUAUGUGAGGGGGUUUUGAUCUCUUUUUAGUUGUAUUUCCAUUUCAGAACCCACUUUAGCCAACGGGAAUACAGGAACACAAUGCUACUAGUGAUAUGGUGGGGUGUUGGAUCCAAGACAUUCCCUUUUUGCAUGUACAUGUCAAUUCACUCUCUCACACAAACACACUCGCCACACACAUGCACAUUAUAUGUACACACACACGGCAAAACUUUAAGCAUGAAAAUUGGUGGUUGUAAUGGUAGCAAUGUACAUAUGGUCAAUGCCUCUUUUUUUUUUUUCUUAAAUGAAUUUCUAACUUUAAAAAUGAUCUUUCUCUGAUUUAUACGACAAGUUUGAACUGCUGCCUUUUUUGUUUGUAGAAAAUGAACAUUGAAUUUUAUAAAUAAAGCGAUUUUUAAAGUCA